AUGGCCGAUGUGAUGGCCUCUUUUCGUGUUGGCAAGACGUCAGUCAGAUGUCGUAAAGUAAGGAAGGGGAAUGCUCAAGGCGAUCUCGAGAAUGAACAUGACUUUAACGUACUUUGUGCCCCGUACUCCAUAAUCUGCAACCAAAAGGGCAUUGAACAGAACCGGAUGGCCGGACUGUCGUGGGCUGUUAUCUGCGUUUCAUUCAAUGUGAUGACGACAGUGUCUCCAGAAUCUCUGUGGUGGCAGUGUUUAAUCAAGGCUGGCCUGGCUGUGUGGUAG